GGGAGAAUAAAACAAGAGGAACCAGAAAUCUGGAGAAUAAAACAGGAGGAACCAAUAAAACAGGAAGAAGGAGAGCUGAUUGAAGAAAAAGAGGAGAAUGAAGAAUCAAGUGAAGUUGAGGAGAAAAAUCAUGUCGAAACUGGACAAAAACUUUUGAGUUGCUCUCAAACCAAACAGAAAGAUUUAAAGAAAAGAAGAACCAAGAAAUCUUUUACCUGCACUCAGUGUGGAAAGAGUUUUACACACAAAUCAAGUAUUGACUGUCACAUGAGAGUCCAUUCAGGAGAGAAGCCGUUCACUUGUGAUCAAUGUGGGAAGAGUUUCACACAAUCAGCAAACCUUAAGAAACACAUGAACAUCCACACUGGAGAAAAACCGUACAAGUGUUCACACUGCGAUAAGAGGUUCAGUCAGUCAACGCAUCUGAAAAUACAUGAGAGGAUUCACACUGGAGAGAAACCUUAUAAGUGUUCACACUGUGACAGGAGAUUCAGAAAGGCAGGAGACCUGAAAAUACAUGAGAGGAUCCACACUGGAGAGAAACCUUAUAAGUGUUUACACUGCAACAAGCAAUUCAAGAAGUCAGGAGACAUGAAAAUACAUGAGAGAAUCCACACUGGAGAGAAACCUUAUAUGUGUUCUCACUGUGACAAGAGAUUCAGUCAGUCAAUACAUCUGAAAACACAUGAGAGGAUCCACACUGGGGAGAAACCGUAUCACUGCACUGAAUGUGGGAAGCAUUUCAGUCAUUCAUUUGCUCUACACAGUCAUACAAAAAAACAAUCACAGUAAGGCCCC